UUUUCGGAAUUUUCACCGGUUUCUCCAUGGUUUCUCGCGCUUAUAUUCCUCAACUUUACAGGAUAAUUUCAUAACUAUUUUCGCCAAAUAUGAGCUUACAGGAUGAGGAAGACAUCGACCUGGCACUGGCCUGUUCGGCCGAGCAAGCAGAAACGGAGCAGCAGGCACAGGACCUCGCGAAAGAGGAACAAACUCUUGGGGAACUGGUGGAUGCCGAAGAAUUCCUUGCCUCUCAGGGAGUUUCGAUGCUGGAAUACGAACGGCAAAUGUUUUUCGACCUAAUCCACUCGGAUGGUCUGGUUGUUUGUGCUAAAGGAAUAAGUUACGAAAAAGUUCUGCUGAAUUUGUUGAAAAUAUUCUGUGAUCCAACUACUCUGGUGCUGGUUAUCAAUUGUUCGGAUUAUGAGGAAAAAAUGUACACUUCCAAACUAGACAGUAAUCACAUUCACGAGUCAGCCACUAAUGCUGCAGAACGAGAACGUGUAUAUUUGCAGGGUGGAAUCCAAUUCAUAAGCACCAGAAUAUUAGUCGUUGAUCUGUUAAAGGGUAGGAUUCCAAUCGAGUUGAUCACGGGUAUAUUUGUGGUCCGAGCUCAUGAAAUUAUCGAAUCCUGCCAAGAAGCGUUCGCCCUAAGGUUAUAUCGACAAAAAAACAAAACCGGAUUCAUAAAAGCGUUUUCCAAAAAUGUUGAAGCAUUUACCUUUGGCUAUGGGCAUGUGGAAAAAGUUAUGAGGAACCUAUUCGUGAAAGAACUUUUUAUCUGGCCCAGAUUUCAUGGAGUAAUUCAAAAAUCGUUGAAACCAUUCGAACCAGUGGUAGUCGAAUUGCAAAUACCCAUGAGCCAGAAUAUGAUUCUGCUGCAAACAAAUAUUCUUGAUAUCAUGAACUAUUUGGUCAAAAAUAUCAAAACCCUCAACAGAAAUGUGGAAUUGCAGGAGGUUACGGUAGAAAAUUGUGUCACCAAGAAAUUCCACAAAAUUUUACAAGCCCAGCUAGACACCAUUUGGCACCAGCUUAGCUCACAAACGAAGUUAAUCGUUGCUGAUCUCAAAGUGCUCCGCAGUUUGAUGAUCUCCACAAUUUACCACGACUCCAUCACACUGUAUGCUACGAUGAAAAAGUACCGCACCACGGAAUACGCGCUGAGCAACUCCGGCUGGACCAUCCUCGAUUCUGCUGAAAAAAUGUUCACCGUUGCGAAAGAACGCGUUUUCAACAAAAACGAAGAAUUCGAACCCGAAAAAUGCCCGAAAUGGAAAUCGCUCUCAGAAGUCUUACGCCAAGAAAUACCAACGGAUAUCAAAGAAACGGCAAAUAAGAUACGCAAGAAAGAGGAACGCCAAAAGUACUUGCGCCAGCAGGUUAAGGUGCUGAUACUGUGCCAAGACGCCAGAACAUGUUAUCAGUUGAAUCAAUACCUAACGCAGGGCGCAGAGAGGUAUCUUUUCUACACAGCCAUGAAAAAUGACAUCACGGUUUCAAAACUGGCGGAAAGUUAUCGACAGAUCAGUAAGGAUCACGAGCCUAGCGCGUAUCGAAUUCAAAAUGUAGAAACUUACGUUAAACCUGCCUCUUCUAAAACUAGUAAAGAAGUAGUCGAAGAGCCUCCAGUGAAAGAAAACAGUUCAUCGGGUGGUUUUUUGAAGGAACGUAUAGCUAAGAGACGUGCAGAAGCAGCUAAAAAGGAAGCUGAAGAAGAAGCUAAAAGAAAACAGGAGGAAGAAGAACGUGAAAACGCAGCCUCCGGGGGAGAUAGCGAACUUUUUACUAAGGAAGAAAGUGAUGAUUAUCAGUGCUUCAAGGAUUCGUAUAUACUGACGAUGACACAAAGUGCGAACCAGACGCUACCCGAGAAUUGUGUGGAUCCGGAUUUGUUCGAUGUCACUCAGUUGGAGAGUGGAACCUUUGAAUCGUUCGCUGAAAUGGAAAAUUUAGAUGUCACAAGGAUAGCAAACGAAAGCAACAAACCUGUGGUGUUCAUCCAAACAUUCAAAAGUGAGGUAAACGGGAUAGCUUCGUUGGAUCGAACGCUGGAGGAAAUCAAACCUCGGUACAUCGUCAUGUACCACAGCAAUGUGACGGCUAUUCGUCAAAUCGAAGUCUUUGAGGCACGUCAGCAGCGCACUGAACUGGCACGAGUUCGUGUCUACGUAAUCAUUCAUUCGAAAACGGUUGAAGAACAAUCGUAUCUUACAUCGCUGAGGAGAGAAAAACAAGCGUUUGAGCUGUUGAUCGACACAAAAAGGACAAUGGUCAUCCCAGAGUAUCAAGACGGUAGAUCGGAGGACGCAAUUAUGAUGCUUCAGAAAAAGCAGGAAGUUUCGUCCCGUCAAGCAGGUGGUCAGAUAAACGAAUCGGAAGAAGCCGCCACGAUCACUCCUCGCAUCAUUGUCGACAUGCGAGAAUUCCGGUCCGAUUUACCUUGCCUGAUUCACCGACGCGGCAUAGAAGUGGUCCCGUUGACGAUCACCAUUGGUGACUACAUCCUAACCCCGGAAAUCUGCGUAGAAAGGAAAUCCAUCUCCGAUUUGAUUGGGUCUCUGAAUUCUGGUCGUUUGUACAAUCAGUGUGUGCAAAUGACUCGUAGCUACGCCAAACCUAUCCUGCUCAUAGAAUUUGAUCAGAAUAAGCCUUUCCACCUGCAGCGACACUUCAUGAUGUCUGGAGAUUCAGCGUCGUCCAACGCUGACAUCACCCAAAAGUUGCAGUUGCUGACUUUACAUUUCCCCAAAUUAAAACUGGUCUGGUCACCCAGUCCGUACGCUACGGCCCAGCUGUUUGAAGAGCUGAAACAGGGUAAACAGGAGCCGGAUCCAGAUGUUGCAGCGGCCGUCGGUUCGGACGAAGCUAGUAACGAAAUCGAAAACCUUUCGGACCGAACCAACCCAAAUAUUUACGAUUUUCUCCUGAAACUACCCGGCAUAAAUUCGAAAAAUAUUGCCAAGGUGAUGAAACGCUGUAAAAAUCUCAAAGAACUGUUGAAAAAAUCGCAGGAAGAGUUAAACGAGCUGCUCGGCAACCAAAUGCAGGCAAAAAUGUUGUGGGAGAUCCUUCAUGUUGCACACAAGCCGGUGCAAAACGAGGCAGGAGAGAAACAGUUUGCCUCGAAAUUCAAACGCGGCUUAGGAAAACGUCCUUUUUAGGAAUUAAGGUGUCCAUUGUUCAAUAAUAAAAUAUUUAUUUAGUUUUGUCAAAAUUACAUUUCGAAUGUCAGUUCAUUAGUACGUUGUCUUUGGUCAUCUGAU